AUGGAACAAACAAAUCUCGAUAAAUCAUCUGGUUCAACAUUAUUAACAACUAAUAUUAAUAUUAAUAAUUUUCAAGGUGAACAGGUUUUAAAUGAUCGAUUUCAUUUAUCUGUUAAUGAUAAUAAAAUUUCAGAUCAAGGAGUAGUUAUUAUCGAUGAAAUUGAAACAGAAAUUAUAGUGGAUUCAUCUAAUGAAAAUAGAAUACAUAUAUCAACAAAUUUGGCCAUGGAUCAUGAUUAUGAUAUGGCAAUAGUAGAUGCAACAACAGUAACAACCGAUCCAUCAAAUAAAUCAUCGAAGAAAACAAUUCCUCGUUAUUUACCUGCAUGGGAAAAACAACUAGAAUCUUUUUAUAAAACAUAUACAUUUGAUAUAUUUGGUAUUAGACACGAGAAACUCGUUUGCUGGUUGUACAACAAAAAAGAUAAAAAUGGAAAUGAUAGUCUUGGAUGUAAACUUUGUCAAAAAUAUCAAAAAACAUUGAACUCAAAUGGAAAAAUUAAUUUAUGGUGUACAACAGGUUAUAAAAUAAUGAAAUUAUCAAAAAUAAAAGAACAUAAAGAUAAUGAAGUUCAUAAACAAGCACAAGAACUUGAAUUACAAACAGCAUCUCAUUCUCAACCUACUUGGACAACAACUCAAAUAAAAGAAAGAAAUAAACAUGAAGCUGCAAUACAAAAUUUAAUUCUUUCUGCUGUUUAUGUCUGUCAACAGGAUCAAUCUCUCAACUCAUUUGAGAAAUUAUGUACUUUGAUUGAAGCUCUUGGUGUUAAAUUAUUACCAGCGGAAAUAGGUAGCGUAUCAUAUCGUAAUGACAACGCGGCUCUCGAUUUUUUACGUCAUAUUGCUUCGUAUUUACAUGAAGAAAUUCUUGAAAAGAUAAAAAAUAGUCCAUCUAUAGGUUGGAUGCUUGAUGAAAGUACAUCUCGUACCGUAGAAAAAAGUCUGAUAAUCUAUGUCAGAUAUUUGGAAAAUGAUGAAGCCAAAACAAGUUUUUAUGGUAUAUUAGCUUUAGAUGGUGAUGGCUCGGCUGAUAAUAUAGUCAAAUGUAUUGAAUCAUUAUGGAGAGCAGAUGAUUUAAAUCCUGAAAAAACGUGUUGGUUUGCAACUGAUAAUGCUGCUACAUUUACAGGUACUGUACCUUUGUUUCUUUUUGAAUUGUCAAAUAUAAGUGUUGUAGGGAUAAACAAUGGUGUUAUUGCUAAAUUAAAACGUAAUUUUGGUAUAGAAUUUGUUGAAUUAAAUACAUGUGUAGCACAUACAUUUGCAUUGGUUGGAAAUCAAGCUGGAUUUAUCAAAUACGAUAAUGAAGAAAAAUCUAGAAAACGCGAAUUAAUUUCCAAACUGGAAGGUAUAAUAGGAAAAAUUUACCAGUAUUUUGGUUCAAGUGCAACUCGAACCUUCAAGCUAAAAUGUUGGCAAAAUUUGUUGGAAAUUCCCGAAUUGAAAUUUAAACGAUUGUUCCAAAUUCGAUGGACGGCUAUUCGAGAUUCAAUAAAACCAAUUAUGUUAAAUAUUACACCAGAAAAUCAAGCAUUAUUAGCAACACUUCAAGAAUCCAAAUUUGAUAAAAGUUUAACCAAUAAUGAUCGUCAAGCAGCAGCUGAUCUUUUAACAUCAAUAUUAGAUGAUGAAUUUUUAUUUAUGAUACACUUUCAUUAUGAUUUACACGAAUGUGUAUUAGAAUCACAACCUGUUCUUGGUCCAUCAUUAACCGAAUACGUCAACCACAUGAAGAAGAACAAUUCUUAUGGUGCUUUUUCAAUUGCUGCAAUUGAUCGUUUAAAAAUGUAUAGUGAAUGUUUUACUCAUAUUAGUCAAUUAUUAUUAGAAAUAGAUCAGAGAUUUAAACCGUCAAAAGUUCAACAAUCAUUUGUUGUUUUAUUCGAACCUGAUUAUCUGAUUCAAAACAAAGAUCAAGUUUCUAAAUCUAAUUAUGGCCGCCAAGAACUCGAAUAUCUUUUGUACAAAUAUAAAAAUCUUACUGGUUUCAAUAUAUCUCAAUGUCGAAAUGAAUGGGAAAUUAUAAAAAUAUCAUUAAGUGAAUUUGUAUCAAAUAAUCAACAGCAAAAUUCGAGAAGAAAAUUUUGGAAAUCGUUUAUAAUAUGGAAAGAAGCUAUUGAUGACUCCUUUCGUGAACGGCACAAAAAUCUUUUAAUACUAUUGUCUAUUUAUUUAAUAUCACCAAUUAAUUCCUGUGAAUGUGAACGUGGAUAUUCAGUCUCUAAUCGUAUUCAAACAAAUGGUCGUUCAAGAAUAAUGAUCAAUACUCUUGAUGUGUUAAUGAAUGUAAGAUUACUCUUUCCACAUGAUUUACGAAGUGAUCAAUGUCGGAAUAUUAUUGAACGAGCUUAUAAAUCAUGGAAUGGACGAGAUGAAAAUCGUCGAAUUAAUCGCGCAAAAUUAAUUGUUGAUGUACCUGAUGAUUAUAUUGCAGCAAAACAAGCACGUUCUACUGGUAAACAAAAACGGCACCUUACAACAACUGAUGAUUGUCCAAUUAAAUCGAAAAAACAAAAAACUAAAGCUAUUAAAUGCGCCAAUGGUUGUGGUAAAUGUAUUGCUGAUAAUGAUCUAACAGAAAUACAUGCAAUUCAAUGUUGUCAUCAAACCGAGUAUUAUGAUUGGGUUGAAGAUAACUGUUCUCGAUGGUUAUGUAAUACUUGUCGUAUUAAAUUAGGAAUUUCAACUGAAUCAACUACAUGGUUUUGCGAAGAUUGCAUCGACAUGCAUGAAGAAGAAGAAGAACAAUGGUAA